AUGAAAGACACCCCAACCUCAUGGCCAGUCAAACAGAUGCACAUAUUGAUUGUGGACUCAAGAGAAGCGCCGUUCCACAUAACUUUGUUGGCAACCAAGGAUGACUGUAUUUGCUGGACCCAGGUUGCUGGGUUUUGGGAGAUGGACUGGAAUCUCUUCUUCAGCGUAUUGCUAAUGGCUGCUGGCACUUCUCAGACAGUGGAGUACAAUGCCGAGUUUGUGCUGGGACAAGCUGAUGGUGACAUUGCUGUUCGGACUUUUGCCACUUAUGCCACUGAUUAUCUUUACAUGUUCCUUUCCGAGCAGCUCCAGAAACCACACAAAGUCCUAGAUGUAUCCUACCUUUUGAAACAAUGGAAAAAAGGUGGCCAAUUCCUUGAGGUGUUUUCCAGACACAACCAAAGUCAUUAUGAGUGUUGCUGGAAUUUUAGAGUUCGCAGAGUUGGCUGCCUUGUGCCUUGGAGGACCGUGCACAUCAUUGCCAUGAAAACAGUUGGGGUAGAACUUGUGUGGUUUCCUGUCAAUGAAAAUUCAUGGCUUCGAGUCAAGGCUGCUUUUCCCCAUUUUGCUUUCCCAGAUUGGCCCAUCAACAUCAGUAAUGACUGGUAUCCACAGUGUCCUGGUGCCUUAGAAGAUUGGGCAAUGGCUGAAGAUGUUCAAUAUGGAGACAUGGUUAGGACCACAAAAUCUUUUACAUGGACUUAUCCUUACCAAGCUAUAGGGAGGAUUUUACAGCCUGAAGUACCACACAAUUACAUCCACAACUUGGAGUCCGUUUUCUGGAUGCUAUGGUUGAUCAUGAUUGACUGUGAAGGUCUCUACUGUCAGCCAAUUGACUGGGUUGAGAAAGAGAAGGAAACUGCUGCAGCAGAUGUUGACAAAGCACCUGCAUCAUUAAAGCGCUCAGUAUCUCAGAAGCAGAAAGGGAAGGAAAUUGCGUUCUCAAAGCUCUCAGCAUCUCAGGAGCCUCCAAACAAACAAGACAAUAUUCCUGUCUGGGUCAAAUGGGGGUGCCACACGCUUGACCCCAACACAGUAGCAAUGGAAAAUGUUAUACUCUCACGCCUACACUUUAUGGCAUGCAUCAACCCUUAUUUCUGCAGGCAUGUGUCUGUCAGGGCAGGGAUGGUCAAGCUUUUCAGUGCAUUCAUUCCUCCCCCCAAGCAUAUUUCACACCAGGAGAUGGUGGAUAUUGUGAAAGAUAUGAGGAAUGGUAUUGAGCCUGAGUUUGAUAGGGUGGGAGUGUCUGUGGAGGUUAUCACUUCUGGAAGAGAGAGUUACCAGUUGCAGCUCCAAGACGUGAAGAAACCAUCUCUCUUGUCUUUGCCUGUCAACCAUCACAGUCCCCCAGACCCACCCAUAUCUGGGCCCAGCAAGCCUUCAAGUAGAACUAAAUGCACUUCAGAUAGAAAUGAAGGGGAGGGGCCUGUUAGCAAGCACCUGAGAUCACCACGCACCCGUAGCAAGCAAAAAAAAAAUGUAUUGCUAUCAAUCACAGUGUAG